ACUCUCACCUCUCUACCUCACUCACCUUCACCACACGAUCACCGCCUCGUCUCCGCGCCUCUCGCUGGAAACUCUGCCUCAUCUCCGUGCCGCCAGUUGUUGAUCGCAUCUGCUUCGUCCGCGCCCCUGCUCGCCUCCGUCUGUGUCGUCCUGGCCGUGUUGGCUCCGCCGUGGCACACCUUCUCUGCAUCCGCCUCCGCCUCGUGCCUCCUCUGUCUCUUCUUCCUCCGUCUCUGUCGCCCUCGUGUUGGCUCCCUCCUCUGCCGGGUCUGCUCUGCUUGUGCCGGAGCCCUGCUCAUGCGGCCACCCUCUCCUCGCCGGUGGCCUGCCUCUGCAACGGUGGAACGGCCCCAACCCAUCCCUGACUGCUGACUUUUGUUCUACUUCUGGCCUUCUGCAGUGUAGAGGCUGCAGCUUGGUACAAUUGAAGCUGCUGAAGUUUAUAUUUCAAUGAUUUGUAAUUAAAAGACUAUCUUUAGCUUGAUAUGUCUCUUAUGGGUUAAGAACUGUGGCGAGAUGGUUUUAAAUUCCAAAUAUAUAAGACCAUGGAGGAGACACGAGAAGAUGCAGGCCCGUCAGAGCAAGGUCCAUCUAAUGUUUCAUGGUGGCCGUCUGACUUCGUUGAAAAAUUUGGAUCUGUUUCAUUGGGUUCUCAAGAGGAGGCCUUAAACAAUAAAGAACCCCCUAGACAUUCUGGUAAUGAUAUUUUGUCACCUAAAAAUGCAUCUCAAGUUCUCUGGAGCACAGGAAUUCUACAAGAGCCAAUUCCAAAUGGAUUUUAUUCAAUCAUUCCGGACACAAGACUCAGAGAACGUUUUGAUAGUAUUCCUACCUUGGAUGAGCUGCAAGCUUUGGGUGGAGAGGGUUUUAGGGUUGAUAUCAUUCUUGUGGAUUCAGAAAGAGAUAAAAAGCUGUCCAUGUUAAAGCAACUGAUUGUGGCAUUAGUUAAAGGAUUAAAUUCGAAUCCAGCUGCAGUUAUUAAGAAGAUAGCUGGAUUAGUUACUGAUUUUUAUAAGAGACCCAAUGUGGAAAGUCCAGCAAAAGCUGCACUAGAUGAAACCUGCCACUUGUUUGAAAAUCGAGGUGUCCAGAUGCUUGGGCAAAUUAAACAUGGUUCAUGCCGUCCUCGAGCUAUCUUAUUCAAAGCAUUAGCUGAUACUGUAGGUCUUGAAAGUAGGCUUGUGGUGGGCUUGCCAAAUGAUGGGACUGUUGAAUGUGUAGACUCAUACAAACACAUGUCUGUGAUUGUUGAAUUGAAUUCUGUGGAAAUGCUGGUUGAUCUUAUGCGAUUUCCGGGCCAAUUGUUACCACGAUCAACCAAGGCAGUUAUUAUGACUCAUAUUUCUGCAGCAGGAGAGAGUGAUUCAGCAGAAAAUGAUUCUUGUGAUUCACCAUUAGAACCAAACAGUCCCUUAUAUGGGGUUUCAGAGAGUGCUGAGAAGGAGGAAAACCUCCAAUUUCACAGAAGAUUUGAAGCUUCUUCGAAUGCAUCAGGCCGAUCCUUACGUAACAUGAUGUUACGAUCAAACAGUUGUUUGAGUUUGUCUCAUAGUGAACCCAACAUUGCAACUGCAUUUGGUCGGCGUAGUCGGAGAAAAGCCAUUGCUGAACAGAGGACAGCUAGUUCAAGUCCAGAACAUCCAUCAUUUCGGGCGCGUGCACGGUCCCUGCUAAGUGGUGAUAGGACAGCAUUUAGAGAUUUUGCUGAUGAUCAGGCUACAUCAAGAUCCAGCUAUAGGUCAGAUGGUGCAUCCUCAUCAGAACCACGUCGGCCACGAAGAAGAAGCAUCAGCAUUACACCAGAGAUUGGUGAUGAUAUUGUUAGGGCUGUGCGGGCAAUGAAUGAAACCUUGAAGCAAAAACGGGUGGAUGAUAAUUCAUUCUCCCAGUCUCGAAACAAUCAAAUUAAUGAAGCAAAUCUUCAGCAAAAUGAGUCAAAUUUCCAUCUUGAUGGUCAUGUCCAUGUAAAUUCACAAAAGGCAAUGUCAUUACCAUCUUCCCCACAUGAAUAUCGAGGUCAGUCUUCUGAGAGAAGUGGGCCAUCAAGACGUGACGUGAACCAUGAGCUGGAGUCAACUUGGAAUAAAGUCCUUCUCUUUCAUACUUGCUGAAACUAUACAAUCUUGUGUAGUGCAAUUCAAUUUGCUUGCUUGGCCAUCAAUGUAGUUUUUCUUUCUCCAGGGUUUUUUGGGGAAGUCUUCCGUGGCAUAUGGAAUGGCACAGAUGUUGCAAUCAAGGUUUUCCUGGAGCAAGAUUUAACUGCUGAGAACAUGGAAGACUUUUGCAAUGAGAUCUCAAUUCUCAGCCGGCUCCGACAUCCUAAUGUUAUCUUAUUUCUCGGUGCUUGCACCAAGCCUCCUCAUCUGUCAAUGGUUACGGAAUACAUGGAGAUGGGAUCAUUGUAUUACUUGAUACAUUUGAGUGGUCAAAACAAAAAGCUUAGCUGGCGGCGAAGAUUAAAGAUGUUGCGUGACAUAUGUAGAGGGUUGAUGUGCAUUCACCGUAUGAAGAUUGUUCACCGUGAUCUGAAAAGUGCAAACUGUCUAGUGAACAAGCAUUGGACCGUCAAGAUAUGUGAUUUUGGGCUUUCAAGAAUAAUGACAGAAUCUCCCAUGCAAGAUCCCUCAUCCGCUGGAACUCCGGAAUGGAUGGCCCCUGAACUCAUCCGAAAUGAACCGUUCACCGAAAAAUGUGAUAUCUUUAGCCUUGGGGUGAUAAUUUGGGAGCUCUGUACCUUGAGCAGACCAUGGGAAGGUGUACCACCUGAGAGGGUGGUUUAUUCGGUUGCUAACGAGGGUUCUAGAUUGGAGAUUCCUGAAGGUCCCCUAGGCAGGCUGAUUUCAGACUGUUGGGCAGAGUCACAUGAACGGCCAAGUUGUGAGGAGAUUCUUUCACGCUUGUUGGACAUCGAGUACUCAAUGUGCUGAUGCAAUCUUAUGCCUUUUGUACAUAGAACACGGGUAGA